CUACUUUUUUUGCUGGUGGCUCGAGCAUAAGGUUGGACCAGUUUGAGCACCCAUCCAGGGCAGUUUCAGCGGUCCACAUUGCGACCCGCAGAGCAAUCGUCUGGAACACAGAGUAGAGUUGGGCUUGGGCGUUUGUUGGGCUCAAUCCGGGCCCAACUCACUUGCUUUAUUCUGAGAACGCAAAACGAGCUGUCGUUUUGCUUGAGAUGGAUUGGAUUGGAUUGGACCUCGAGUGAAUUUAGGGAUUCGAUUACCAAAUAAGUUGCAGAGUUCGAAGCACACGUGAACGAUUUUCAGCUCAGAAAGUUGGGAUCUUAGCUCACUUUAUUCCGAUCGCCGGCGCCGGAUCCCCACCGUAAGUAGCAACUCUCAUUUGCUGUGAACUUCCCUCUGUUUGCUUUUCCAUUCUUGUUUUCAGUAGUAUCCGCGAUUGCUGUAUCGCUGCGUUCAAGUUCUCCUUUUUUACCGAAUCUGAAGUGAUUUUCUCGGUUUAAAUCAUCAGUUUCUCUUUUUCUUGUAUCCAUAGACCGUACUAUAUGCUCCGCUACUUUUUGGAUUGGCUCGUAUAUGUUAAGUGUCAGAUAUUUGGCGUCGAACAAAUAUGUCAAGGUUGUUGAUUGCUGGGUCGACAUUGUUUGAUGCUAUUGAAUAUGUAAAGGUUCGAGGGAGGACGGGGAGGAAGUUAACUUCAUACUCUGUUGAUGACUAUGAAAUGUGAUAAAAUUGUCAACAGUUGUGGAACAUCAUUAAGCUGAACGUAGUUGAUACUUUCAGAAUCGAACAUUGAUUGUACUUUCCCUUGUCUGUAAAUACUUGUUCAAUGUAGAACAUUUGAAUUCAGUAAGUAAUACUAUUUGUCCCAACAAAAUCUCGCUUCUGUCGCUGUACAUAUAGGCGAGGCGUAACGCAUGGAGCAUUGUUUUUGGUUUGAUAAGCAAACACACAAGCUUAUGAUUUCGGCUUCUAGAAUUCUUAAAAUUCUCAGCCACAGGCUUUUGAUUUCUCACAUUACCAUAGUUUUUGUCUUCUCAAUUCCCUUUUUGUCUUUCAACGAAUCAGGGACCGUUUUGAUGUCAUUUGUGGAGGCAGAUUUUCUUGGAUGCAAAAGCAUAUGCUAGAAUAAAGGAUAGAUAAAACUAAGAUUCCCAGCUGAAGUCACUAUGCCACUGAAAUUGUGAUCUGGGAAUGAAUUUCAAUAUGGAUACAACUGCAAUGCAUAGAUAUGUUCAUCUAUUUAACGAGUCUUGGUCUGUCAUCAUAUGAAGCAUGUUGUGUUCCAAGUGGGGGGUGAUUGACUCUGCUUUUCUUUUGCGGUUGUUUUUGUUCAGAUUUGGAGACUGUUAAGAUGUGGCAGGACGAGCCAAAGUGUAUAAAAGAUCACAACCGGCGGUUGCUGGCUGAGAAAUUUGAGCUGAAGAGAAACCUUUACAAGGCAUUUAUCAGAGACCCUGAACUUCCAAGCGAACUGCGUGAGAAACUCACUGCUAAACUGUCCAAGUUACCGAGAAAUAGCUCCUUCACCCGAAUCAGAAACCGAUGCGUCUUCUCUGGUCGCCCUCGCGGUGUUUACGAGUUCUUUAGAAUGUCUCGUAUCGUCUUCCGCACACUGGCAAAUCAAGGAAUGUUGAAUGGUGUGAAAAAGGCUUCUUGGUGAGCAGGUAGAGGCCGGAUGGAGAGUGCACUUCAACUCUCCCUGGCAAAAGUUUCAACAGUUUGUGCUGUCAGAUGUUUUUAGUUUUAGCAUGAACAAACUUCACUUCUGCUGGAAUAAAUUUCGUUUCACUGGGUUUUGUAAUGCUGAAAUAGAUUAUGUUGCUUUGG